AUGAGACCAAGUCAAAGUUCAAAACAACGUGGGACUAACAAAACUCUGGUUUUCAUCUCCAUGGUCACCGUCGCCACCGCUUCUUUUCAGUUCAAAGUUGGUGGGGACAAAGGUUGGACAAAACCCACCGGAAACGAAUCCGAAACUUACAACGGAUGGGCCUCCAGGAACCGCUUUCACGUUGGGGAUUCUCUUUAUUUUGAGUACAACAAUGACUCAAUGUUGGUGGUGGAUCAUAUAAGCUACACCAACUGCAAUGUUGGUGAUCCGAUCUUUAAGUUGAAAGACGGGAAAAGGGUUUUCGUGUUCGAUCGGUACGGGUUCUUCUACUUCAUCAGUGGGGAGCGAGGUCACUGUCAAGCUGGUCAGAAACUGAUUGUUCGAGUAAUGGUGCACCCUGCGGCUGCGAUCAGCUCUCCUCGGCUGGCACCUUCGCCUAUGGAAGACGAUGAUGGGGAGGGUUGGGACUCGUUUUGGGGGCCGCAGCCGCACAAUUCGACCAUCAAGCAGACGGUUGCAUCUUAUUUCGUGACGGCUCUUGGAGGAGUGCUGGUUAUGAUGUAUUUGCUGAUGUAG